CUUGAAGCUCUCUACCCGCUCCGAAACCUUAUAUUCUGCCUCUCUCCGCCGCCCUCUCUCCACCCUCGCUCACGUCUGGGGAUUCGGUUCUCACCUAAGCUCUGUAUUGCCAGCGUCCCCCCUCCAACGACCUGAGCCGCACACAUAGGGCCGCCAUGUUCGCCACGCCACAACAUACCUACGCCUACGCGGCGCCACCAGCGCCUCCUCCCACCAGACAUUAUGCCAACCACAGCACCAGCAGCGCCUUCAGCAGCUCCGCGAAUCCUGACGAGGAUUGGACCAAGAUCUCCGAUCUCGCUGAGCGCAGGAGGAUACAGAACCGGAUUGCCCAGCGUAACUACCGCAAGAAGCUCAAGAAGCGUCUAGAGGAGCUUGAGAGACGGGCGGGGACCUCGGAUGAGGGCUCCCCGCCGAGCAACGAGAAGCCGAGCCCCCCAGCGAAGACGAAGCGUGCCCAGGCUCCCAAGGCGCAGAGGCAGACACCGCCCGCUCCGGCGAAGCCGGUGGCGCAGGGCCAGUACACGCCGCCCAUGCACCCGGACGACGAGUAUCUCUUCCCUCCAUCCUAUGACGAGCGGGAACGGUCCCACACUCCUCCCAUGUUCACCUACUCUACGUACCCGCCCCCUCCGGAGGAUAUGAUGAUGGCGCCCUACGCUGCGGUGCAGGGGUACCGGCCCAUGCCGGGCGACCCCUACCCGGAGUACCUGGCGCCAUCCGCCGCGCCGCCUGUAACGCUGCCGCCCGUGACGCACUUCAGCGAUGCCAUCAAACGGGAGCCGGGCUUCCCGGGCGGGCCGGCCGACGACGGCCUGGCCUACAUGAGCUACAGCGGCUACCACCACCUCCCAGGCAUCGACAUGGGCGCGGGCGACCCCUCGCCAUCGUACGACCACAUGCCGCAUACCCCGCCUCUGUCGCACUCGUUCGACCGCUCCACGACCUGCUCAGACUCGGGGAGCUACGAGGCCGCCUACCCCACCACGCCACUGUCGAUGCCGGGCUCGCCUGGUCUGCUCCAACACCACCCCUGAAAAGGGAAAGGGCUCGUAGGAGGGAGUUUGGGGGACUCUACUUGCCGCGGGAAGGCAAAUCAUACGUUUCGAAAUACAUAAUACACAUAGUACUGUCAGCGCUACGAUUUUAGGACUGUUGGGACCGGAAGGACAUGGGAGCCGUUUUUUUCAUCGGCUGAUGGACUGAAGCAUUGGUACACAUGGGCGAGCCAUUGCUGGGAGGCGAGAACAGCGCAUCAUGUGGUGGGAUUUCUGAGGGCCUUUUUUUCUUUUGGUUCUUGGUCGAAGUGCUCGACCUCGACGGGAGGUCAGAGAGAGAGAAACUCGGCCUUCCUUACGUUUCCAUGUAUUGUCCAGACUUGGGAGACAAAGACGUGAUUUCUUGGUGGGGUUCGCGAUUUCCUAAAAACAUGUCUUAUGAUUUAGAUAG